AUGCCCACUACAGUGAGUCCUACUGGAAAUUCUGAAAAUGCGACGACACCCGCCACCACUACUCCUACUACCACUACAGCUAAACCAAGAGUUUGGGAUACUAUGGAUGGAGAAGGAUAUCAGUUUGAAAAAGAGACGACACCAGUAGUCCUUGACCCAAGAUUCGAGCAGCUCAACAAUCUAGCUCCAUGUGAAAAUUUAGCUACAGUGGAGAUUAAGCAAGAGGUUUUCGACAUGAUCGCGAAUGUUAAAAAGGAGUUUUUGAACUGUAUAAACCCGAUAGUCAAUAACUAUAAAGGGAAGCCAAAGGAGAUGUUCUUGGAUUGGGUUCCUAAAGCAGAGCAAUGUGAUCAAUUGAAAGCAUUCGAGAGUCUUGGAGUAGUACCUUUUGAGAAUUUGCAUGAGACAAAAUGGGCGGUUCUUCCGAAAUGUAAAGAAGAGAACACUCUUCUCACUCUUGGAAUUGGCCAUGACACAAUCGCUGAGGAGAAGUUCAAUCGAACGGUUCCAAACACCAAGUUCUACGGAGCAGACCCAAUUAUUGAGCCAAAUCGUCAAAUGUAUUCUGCAUUUGGAAAAUUUUUCCCAUUCGCCAUAGGAAAACAGCCAGGAUUCACAAAGUUCAGAGUUUUGCCAAAUCAAAAUCAGAAGACCAGAGCGUACGUGUUCCAAGACGUGACAACGAUUCCUUUCUUGUAUUUUGUCAACGAUAUUCUGAAGUUUAAGAGAAUCGACUUUGCCUGGAUCGAUAUUGAGGGUGGAGAAUUUGAAUUCCUUGAUCAGCUCCACAAAGAUGUUACUAUCUGUCAGUUCAACGUUGAGAUGCACAUGAAGUUCCGACCACAAGAUGGAGCAGAAGUAUUCCACGAUUUCAUUUUCAAAGUCCUUGAAGACCAAAAGUACAUUUUCAUGAAAUCUCUGCACACUGAGAAAGGUGUACAUAGAAUGUUUUUUAUCAAUACGGUAGAUAGAGAGUGUCUGGCCAAGUUCUUCUCCUAA